AACAAACCUCACAAACAUCCAAGUCACAUCAAGCAAUACGAGCAAGCAAGCAAGCGAGGAAGAUGCGGCUGGCACUGUUCCGCCCGCUGUGGGGCGUGAUUGAGGCGUUUGAUGGACAGAGAUCGCUGAAGGAUGCGCUGCGGGCGAUCAAAGCCCUCGGGUACGAGGGUGUCGAAGUUCCCUUCAAGGCAGUGUACAUGAUUGGGCCCGACAAGUUCCAGCGUUUACUCCGCGACAGCGAUCUGAAAGUGGGCUUUCAGGUGUUUUCGGAUGGCCCACUGGCACCAGGCGUGAAAGGCUUGGCUGGCGGCCCGUAUCCUGGGCAUCCAGCGGAAGGGGAAUCACCGCAGGACCAUUUCGAAGUCUUCAAAGCGCAAGUGCUUGCUGCCAGAGAAUUCGAGCCCGCGUUUGUCAACUCCCAUUCCGGCAAGGACUACUUUACACACUCGCAGGCUCUUGAAUUCUUUGCCAAGGCCAUACACCUCGAACGCGAAGAGAUUGGGUACGACUUUGUCGUAACACACGAAACGCACAGAAAACGCUUCUUCUACUCACCGUGGGUGUGCCGCGACUUUCUCCCGACAGUCCCGGACCUCCGCCUCUGUGCAGACUUCAGCCACUUUAUCAACGUGACAGAGGGAAUGCCUGAUGACAAGCACCUGACAGAGGUGAUCACAAACCUUGCCCCGCAAGUCCGGCAUAUCCACGCCCGUGUUGGCUACUCGCACGGGCCACAGGUGUCUGAUCCGCGCGCCCCAGAGUGGAUGCCGUUCACAGAAGGACACGAGAAGUGGUAA